AUGGAGCAGAAGGAAGGGAAGCCCUCUGAGGAUGGGACCGCAGUCUCCCCAUCCACAGAGGCCCCAGAGAAGCUAGGAGGCUCUGCAGAGGAGGAAGCCCAAGGCACAGGGGGGAGAAACGACAAAGAAAACCCUCCAGAGGGGGCCAGAAAGCAGGAAAGAGCACCGGGGAAGGAAGACACUUCCGCUGAAUCCCCAGGAGAAGCAAAUGGGUUGGAUGAGGUCAAGGUGGACUCCAAAGAGGAGGCUGAGCUUCCAAAGGAGGCUCCUCCGGAGAUGACUGAUAGGAAAGAAGAGGCCAAAACUGAAGCCAAGGGGGCUAAGGGAAAAGAGCAGGCCUCGUUGGCCGACUCUGAGAAGCAGAAGACCGAAGAGAAAGAGGCCAAGCCUGGACCUCAGGAGAAAACCGACAUGCAUGAGGAGGCCAAGGCUGAGCCAAAGGUCCAGACUGAAGCCAGGGAGGCUGACGGGAAGGAGGAGGCCACGAGGGCCUCUCAGGAGGACAGAAACAAGACGGAGGAGCCCAAGGCGGAAGCCUCAUCUGCUGGGGCACAUGAGGUCAAAGCUGGCGCUCGGGACACGGACUCGAAGGAGGAGAUGAAGUCAGCAGGUCCUAACGAAGAACAGGACCAGGGUGUAGAGAGAGAAUCAGAGGACAGAACCCCGGGGAGUCCCAGCUCCCCCGAGGAGUGGCCCGAGAGCCCCACAGAGGAGGGCAUCUGCCUCAGCCCAGAUGGGUUGAGUCCAGACACCGCAGCUUCUGGAGAGAGCAGUCCUUCAGCCAGUGAGUCUUCACCCAGCGAUGUGCCCCAGAGCCCCACAGAGCCCCCGCAGGCCCAGGAGAAGAAGAAGGAGAAGGCCCCUCCAGAGCGCAGGGCGUCGGCCCCUGCGCGGCCCAGGAGCACCCGUGGGCAGAACCGCAAAGCCAUCAUGGACAAGUUUGGAGGGGCAGCCUCGGGCCCCACAGCUCUGUUCCGAAACACGAAGGCGGCAGGGGCGGCCAUCGGCAGCGUCAAGAGCAUGCUGCUGGAGUGGUGCCGCGCCAUGACGAGAAACUACGAGCACGUGGAUAUCCAGAACUUCUCCUCGAGCUGGAGCAGUGGCAUGGCCUUCUGCGCCCUCAUCCACAAGUUCUUCCCCGACGCCUUUGACUACGCAGCCCUGGACCCCACGCAGCGCCGGCACAACUUCACCCUGGCCUUCACCACCGCAGAGAACUUGGCCGACUGCGCCCAGCUGCUGGAGGUGGAUGACAUGGUGCGGCUGGCUGUGCCGGACUCCAAGUGCGUCUACACCUACAUCCAGGAGCUGUACCGCAGCCUCGUGCAGAAGGGUCUGGUGAAGACCAAGAAGAAGUGAGGAGCUCGCCGGCCCCAGGAGCAGGGGCUCA